GAGGUCUCCCUGCCCAUGGCCAGGCAGCCCGGGCGCUCAGUGCAGCUGCUCAAGUCCGCAGACCUGGGCCGGCACAGCCUCCUGUACCUGGAGGAGAUCGGCCGCGGCUGGUUCGGGAAGGUGUUCCUGGGGGAGGUGAACUCGGGCAUCGGCAGUACCCAGGUGGUGGUCAAGGAGCUGAAGGCCAGCGCCAGCGUGCACGAGCAGAUGCGGUUCCUGGAGGAGGCGCAGCCCUACAGGGCCCUACAGCACGGCAACCUGCUCCAGUGCCUGGCCCAGUGUGCCGAGGUGACGCCCUACCUGCUGGUCAUGGAGUCCUGCCCCAUGGGGGACCUCAAGGGCUACCUUCGGAGCUGCCGGGCGGCGGAGCCCCUGGCGCCCGACCCCGUCACCCUGCAGCGCAUGGCCUGCGAGGUGUCCUGCGGCGUCCUGCAUCUGCACCGCAACAACUAUGUGCACAGUGAUCUGGCCCUGAGGAACUGCCUGCUCACGGCCGACCUGACGGUGAAGAUCGGUGACUACGGCCUGUCUCACGGCAAAUAUCGAGAGGACUAUUUCGUGACCGCCGACCAGCUGUGGGUGCCGCUGCGCUGGAUCGCCCCGGAGCUGGUGGAUGAGGUGCACAGCAACCUGCUGGUGGUGGACCAGACCAAGGCCAGCAACGUGUGGGGCGUGGUGCCGGUGCUCAGCGCGCACAGCCCCUCCGUGGGCAGCGAGUACUUCAUCCGCCUGGAGGAAGCCGCGCCCGCUGCCGGCCAUGACCCCGACUGCGCUGGCUGCGCCCCCAGCCCCCAGGCCGCAGCCCCCGUCUCCCAGGGCAGCGACCGCGGUUCCGACGGCUGCGUGGCCACCUCCCUGGCUCUGGAGCCGCCGCUGGGCCAGGUGCCAUUCACCGAAAGCCGCCAGGGCCAUUGUGACUACUGCCCGAGCAGGACCCGAGCCCAGGACCCGCCCCGUACUUCGCGCUCGCCUCCUCCGGAGGCCCUGACGCUGGUGGAGCCCGGAGUGGAGGACACCAACUGGGGCGUGGCCACCUUUUGCCCUCCUUUCUUCGAAGACCCGCUGGGCACAGCCCGCUCCGGGACUUCAGGGGUGAGCCGGUCCCUGGAAGAGGAGGAGGAGCCGGGGGAGGUGGAGGCGCACAAACACUGGAGUUGCAACGUGUCGGCCAACAACAGCAGCCGCGGCCACAGCCGAGCCCCGGAAUCCUGGGCCCCGGACCACGCAGGCAGCUAUGCAGACCGCUGCCCUGGCAGGAAGCACACCGUUUGGGCUGUCCCUGAGCUAGGCCACCCCCUGGCCCCAGAGGACCCCAGAGCGCCUCUCCUUGGACCGGAGGGGACCUCGUUUGGCCAGGAGCCAGGCUGUUGCCUUGGCUUCCCCCAUCUGUGUCCUGCUGAGGGCCUAGCACCUGCCACCAGCCUGGUGACAUCCCCCUGGACAGAGGCAGCCGUAUGCGGGGCCAAUAGCCCUCAGACAGAACCCAGGCUUGCUGAGGAGGCCGAGGGCUCCGCUGGACCCCAACUGCCCCUUCCCUCCAUCCCAUCCCCAUCCCAAGAGGGAGCCCCACUUCCCACGGAGGAGGCCAUUGCCCCCACCACCCUGCCCGCCUCUCCCACACCUGCCAGCAGUGGAACAGCUGCCACCUGGACAGCCCAAACCCUGGACAGCAGCAGCAGCUCCCGGGAGCUGGAGGCUCCAGGCAGUGAGGACGAAGACACCACUGAGGCCACUUCCGGUGUCUUCACCGACCUGUCCAGCGACGGCCUGCAGGCCGAGAAGCUAGAGGUGAUGCCGGCCUUCCGCUCCCUGCAGAAGCAGGUGGGAACCCCCGACUCCCUGGACUCGCUGGACAUCCCAUCCUCGGCCAGCGACGGUGGCUGUGAGGUCUUCAGCCCGUCGGCUGCUGGCCCCUCUGGAGGGCAGCCCCGCGCCCUGGACAGCGGCUACGACACCGAAAACUACGAGUCCCCUGAGUUUGUGCUCAGGGAGGCGCAUGAGCCUUGUGAGCCUGAGGCUCUCGGGGAGCUGGCCAUGGAGAGUGAGAGCCUGGGGGCCCAGACUCGGUUCCCCACCUCCCCUGGCGGCCUCAGCGAGAAGAACCCCUACCGAGACUCAGCGUACUUCUCCGACCUGGACGCUGAGCUCGAGACCCCCGUGGGCCCUGAGAAGAGGGGUGGCGGUGUCUGGGCCCCUGGGCCAGAGCCAGACCUGGACAGCCCGCACGGCCCUGGGCUGCAGCUCUCCUCUGAGUCUGGGGUAUCUGGGGUGCCUGGAGAGGUGCAGAGCCCCAGCCCUGGGGAGGUGCCCCCACUGCCACUGGGUGAGGACUCUUCCUCUGAGCCAUGCGCCUGUCCCACGAGCCCCAGGCCAGAGCCUCCCCGGCUCCAAAGCCCGGCCCAGGUGCUGCCACUGCCCAGCCCCCAGCGUUCCAAGGUUUUCCUGUUGACCCCCGUCCCGCCCGGCUCGGAGAACCACCGCCCAGGGCUCCAGGAGGCCAAGGGACUGCUGUCGGCCCUGCCCACAGAACGGACAGAAGGCCCAGGCACCCCCAGGACCCCACUGUGCCUGGCCCUUCCGGGACUCCCUGCAACCCCCGAGAGCCGGCCGGAGGAGGAAGAGGAGGACAGCGAGGACAGCGACGAGUCGGACGAGGAGCUCCGCUGCUACAGCACGCAGGAGCCCAGCGAGGAGAGCGAGGAGGAGGCCCCGCCUGUGCCCGUGGUGGUGGCGGAGCGCCAGAGCGCGCGCAGCCUGCGCAGCCUGCUCAAGAUGCCCAGCCUGCUGUCUGAGGCCUUCCGCGAGGACCUGGAGCGCAAGAAGAAAGCCGUGUCCUUCUUCGACGACGUCACCGUCUACCUCUUCGAUCAGGAAAGCCCCACCCGGGAGCUCGGGGAGCCUUUCCCCGGCGCCAAGGAGUCGCCCCCUGCGGUCCUGGCAGGCAGCCCCAGCUCCCCCAGCUUCCCCAGCCGGCCGCGACGGGCUGAAGGCUCCCGGGACGGCUUCGCGGCUGAAGAAGGCAGAGGCGGCUUCGAGUGGGACCACUGCUUCCCGCUGACGCCCUCCGGCGAGCCCGCCCUGGCCGCCCCACACGCGCCCUCCAAGGCGGCCGCGCCCGGCCCCUACUCGCGCUUCACGGUGUCGCCUGCGCCCGCGUCCCGCUUCUCCAUCACGCAAGUCUCCGACUCAGACGCCGGGUCCGUGGGAGGCCCCACAGGAAGUGCUGGGGGCAGCUGUAAAGAAGCUUGAGGCCCAGGCGGCCCCCACUUGGAGCCCUACCCCAGGCAGCAGUGAGGACGGUCACCGAGAGAGUGGUCCUGGUGGUGGUCGCAGCAGCUUCCAGCACCUCGGCAGCCCAUGCAACGCAGGCCAGUCUGGUGCCACCCUGGGGGCAGGAUUCGUUCUGGACACUCGGGUCUGCUGCUACGCCCUAGGGGUGACCCUGGCCCCAGAUCUGGCGGCAUCCCACCCUCAGCUGCCCCCUCUGCCCUGGCCACUGCUGUCAGGCUGCUUGGCCUCUGAGGCCAAGGCAUCUGCUCGUGGCUGGGGGUCCUCGCAGGCCCUGCCCUGCACUGCAGGAUGCCGCGUCCCCACCGCAGGCCAGAGUGGGCACAGGCCUGCUGAGAUGGCCUUCCCUGCUCCUUUGGUCCCUUCGCCUGGUUCUGGGUUUGCUCAGUGAAGAGGCCGGAAGAGGCCCCUGGGCUCAUGGGCCCGACACCCUUACCUCACAGUCUGUGGCUGUGUUCCGCCUUCACCAACUCGGCCGGACCCGUGAGCCCCACCCCCGCCCAGGGUCUGGGCUGCUUCCCCUGGGUCCUCCUGCUGGAGCCAAGGUGGACAGCUUAGACGACGGGGGACUGGUGGUCCACACCCCUGCGGACAUGGCCCCGUUCUAGAGGUGCCCGCUGCUGGCUGGUGUGGGUCGUAGCAUCCUGCCUAACCCAGGCCAGCUGCCAGAGGACAGUGGGGCUGCCCCCAUGGUUGUGUUGGGGCUCCAGCCCGUGGGGAAGGGGACCGGGGACGGGGUGGAGCUGGGAGGGGGUGGGAGCAGGGCAGCACAGGGAAUAUUUUUUUAACUGCUAUUGUCCAAGCAAAUGGAAAUGGGGUGAUUUUAAGUUAUUGUUGCCAAAGAGAUGUAAGAUUAUCGUUGCUUUGGGAGUGUGGGUGGGGACGCGUUCGGGUUUGUGUUUCUUGUUUCUUAUUAGUUUGAGGCUUAGGACGCUGGUGCAAUGGUUUUCUUGUUCCUUGUUUUUUAAGAGAAAUCAAGCUAAGAAAAAAACCCUUCAUGCUAAGCGUGUGUUUUUUUUUGGAGAUUUGCAGAUAAAGUUUUGGGCAGAAGGGGGCAUGACUAUGCAGGGGUGGAGCCCCAGCUGCCGGCCGUCUCGGGGGACAGUCCCUUCUCACCACGAGGAGGGAGCUGCAGGAAGGUGGCUGCCUGCCGCCGUCCUUGGCACACUUUGGUGGAGAGUGACCUGGGCCCACAGUGUGCCUGGGCCGAAUCUCCCCACUCCGUGCAGGGAA